CUGAGCACGCUGGAUGAUGGGGGUGGCAGCUUUAGAGUGGGGUGCUUUCGUUGUGUUUGGUGUAUUUCUACUAGGGUGGGAAAUUGAUUUGAUCAGAUAAGAUGAUUUGAUUUGAUCAGAUUAGAUUAUCCCUGCAUGAGAACCCCCGCCUUGGACCUUUUAAAGGAAUCACAAUCAGCCAUCCUCCGAAAUUUUGCCUACUGCCCCCAUAUAGUAAAGAAAAUGCUGAAGAGACAGAGGCAUCGCCGCCAGUUCCGUGGAGAAUAGCUAAUCCUUCCGUCUUGGCUAUGGCGCCGCAAUCAGACCGCUCGGUGAAGGGAAGCAUUCUCCCUCCUUCACCGAGCGAUCUCGGAGCGCAUACUUUGAGUCUUUCACAUUCUUAUUAAGCUCGUGGUCGGUGUCUUCCUUGGGCUUACGUCUACCACCAUGUUUGCCAUCAUGGGCAAUCCCAAUCCCCUUCUUCUCGAGGCCGACACGGAGAAGAACCUCGACAGGAGCCUCGACAAGAAUCCUGAGAAGAGCCUUGACAAAAGCGACAACGCCGACCAGCACGCUAUCGAGACCUUUGCCGCUUGGGGAGCCAACAGAAACAAUGAAGAGCAUGGCUAUGACUCCGACGGCAAGUCAUGGCACGAUGGUGUUUUGCGCAUCCGCGCUAUCACUACCAUGUGGUCUAAGAAGUCCAUGUGGUCCAUGUUUGCCCUGCUCUGGCUGAUCUCAUUUGUCGACAUUAUCCAGAAUGCCCUCGAUUAUUCUCUCAACCCCUAUAUUACCUCUUCUUUCGCUUCCCACGGCCUCAUGAAUGUCAGCAGCGUCAUGUCCUCUGCAGUAGGCGCAUGCACCCCUUUGGCCCUGGCUAAGAUUAUUGACAUCUGGGGUCGUGUCGAGGGCUUCACCUUCAUGCUCAUCAUAUGCGUCAUUGGUAUGAUUCUCAAGGCCACCACCCACAGCGUGCAACAGUACGUCGGAGCCCACGUCCUCUACUGGACUGGUCACAUUGGCAUGAUGUAUGUCAUCAACGUGAUGGUUUCCGACAUGACCACUCUCAGAAAUCGCGCCAUACUAUUCGCUGUCAAUGGCCUCCCUCGCGUCGCUAGUACGUUCUUAGGUCCCAGGAUCGGCCAGGCGUUCUAUGAUAACCUCAACUACCGAUGGGCGUUUGGAGCCUUCUCCAUUAUCCUCGUCGGCUGCAGCAUUCCGGCCAUGGGUCUCAUGGUUUUCAUGUAUCGUAAGGCGGACAGGGCAGGCCUUGUUAAGAAGCACGAGUCCUCUGGGAGGAAAUGGUACCAGUCGAUUCUGCAUUAUGCCAUUGAGAUUGAUGUCCUCGGCAUCCUUCUGAUAUGUGGUGCCGUAAUCUUGACAACCAUUCCCUUCUCUCUAAUUUACUACGCCCCACAGGGCUGGAAGACCCCCUAUAUCAUUGCCAUGCUGGUGCUUGGUGUCCUCCUAUACCCAGCCUUCUGGUUAUACGAGGUGACGCUGGCGCCCAAGCAGUUCCUAGACUUUAGGUACCUAAAGAACGGCACCAUUCUCGGCUCUUGCUUCCUAUACGGCGUCAUGUUCCUAUCCACCUUCACCUGGAACGCCUAUCUGUAUUCAUUCAUCCAGGUUGUUUACCUUUUGGACAUUAGCACCGCCAACUACGUCGUCAACUCCUACUCCCUCACCUCCACUGUCUUGUCCCCCAUCGUCGCUUUCAUCAUCAGCUAUACCGGAAACUUCAAGUGGGUCGCCUACUCGGGCGUUCCCAUCAUGUUGCUUGGUACCGCUCUCAUCCUCCCCUUCCGCACUGCCGAAAACGUAGGCCUCGUGGCUUUAACGCAGGUGGUCGUCGGUCUCGGCGCUGGCAUCUUCGCCACCUGUAGCAGCAUCGCCAUUAUGGUUCCCGUCACCCAUGAGGAGUUCGCUGCCGUCAAUGCCCUCUCCAGCCUCUUCGGCGGCUUCGGUGCCUCCAUCGGCUCCGCCAUUGCCGGCGCCAUCUGGAACAACGUCGCGCCCGGCGAGCUUCUCAGGCGGUUGCCGACCGGGAGUAAGGACCAGGCUGCCAAAAUCUUUGGUGAUAUCAAUGUUCAAAUCGCCUUACCAAUUGGGUCCCUGGAGCGCGAGGCCAUUGUUGGCACCUACAGGCAUGUCAUGAAGUUGAUGACCAUCACCGGCGUGUGCCUCAUGCCCCUAUGCGCUAUUUCCAUCUUCUUCUGGAAGAACGUCAACAUCAGGAAACUGGAGGAGGAGAAGGGCAAGCAGACUAAGGGUACCGUCCUGUGAGCUUGGCCGUGCCUAAAUUAUUGGACGAUGCUGGGGGGCAAGGAAAUCAUACCUAUACUUGGAGACGAGGAUAUCAUAUAUGACUCUAAAGGUAUCCAACGGACAAUAGAUGAGGCCUUAGGGGCCCUGGAUAAUACCAUGGGAAUAAAAGCCUUGACAAACCAUCAUAUGCGUUAGAAUAACCAUCUAGCGCCACCGCGUACUAUAGCUGAGCGACGUCGAUUUUCGGGCAGGGUGUAUCCGUACCCACAUAUCUCUGCCACUCUGAUACGGAAAGCGCCAUGGUUUCGUUCCUUCCACCCAUGGUUACCAUUCCGAUGCGGAAAGAGCGAUGGUUUCGUUCCUUCCGUCUAUAGUUCUCAGAUGCGCGCACAUUUGGGUAGGCGCGACCCACGUCUUAGAUCUUGCCUGAUACGGAAAAGCCAGCAGACAAGUUCUAAUUUGACGUAAUAAAAUAAAUAUACUAAAAUAUAGGGGUAAGUCCUAG